AGGAGCGGGGCUACGCGGAGAGGCCUGACCAGGCAGGGCUUGGGUCGGCGGUGCCGGCCGGCGUUUGAGCUUGAGCCUGGGUCUCCGCCACUGGGCCCGGGAAGAUGGUGCUGGGUGGUUGCCCGGUGAGUUACUUACUUCUCUGCGGCCAGGCGGCUUUGCUGAUGGGGAAUCUCCUGCUGCUGCAUUGUGUCUCUCGGAGCCACUCGCACAACACUACCGCCGAGCCUGAGCCCACAUCCGCUGGCGCCGCCCACCCGGAGGGCUCCACCGGCUCCGCGAGCUGGGAAUAUGGCGACCCCCACUCUCCAGUCAUCCUUUGCUCUUACCUACCCGAUGAAUUUAUAGAAUGUGAAGACCCAGUGGAUCAUGUUGGAAAUGCAACGGCAUCCCAGGAACUCGGUUAUGGUUGUCUCAAGUUCGGUGGUCAGGCCUACAGUGACGUGGAACACACCUCCGUACAAUGCCGCGCCCUGGAUGGAAUCGAAUGUGCCAGUCCUAGGACCUUCCUACGAGAGAAUAAACCUUGUAUAAAGUAUACCGGACACUACUUCAUAACCACUUUGCUCUACUCCUUCUUCCUGGGAUGUUUUGGAGUAGAUCGUUUCUGUCUGGGACACACUGGCACAGCAGUGGGGAAGCUCUUGACACUUGGAGGACUUGGGAUUUGGUGGUUUGUUGACCUUAUUUUGCUUAUUACUGGAGGGCUGAUGCCAAGUGACGGCAGCAAUUGGUGCACUGUUUACUAAAAAGAGCUGCUACCGUGGCCCAGAGAGGUAAGUCUCCUGAAUUCAUCUCUACAGGCUCAGAACUCUUCCUUAUUAUCAGACCUGACCAUUGCCUUCCUCUUUGGAGGGAAUGGCUUUGGUUAGGAAGGUUUCUUUGGACUGUGGAUUUUCAACCCAAACUUUACCUUGCAGACUAGAAAUGACAAGCAAACAGUAUUGUGGGUAUCAAGUUUGCACCUUUCCUCAUAUACAAAAAAUAUAAAGGAUAGUGAUUAACUUAUAAGCUGCAGAAGGGUUUCCAUACUCUUUAUUUCUGUGCGUUGCUGUAUAAUCAAUCCUUUGGAGCAAGUGGACCCAACAGGAUAAGCAAAGUGAAUAUUUUUAGCCUUGUGCCUUUUGUGACCCUGAGUCCUCAUGCGGUGGAGAUCGGAAGCUGAACCAAUGAAAAUCUUCAGAAGUAGAAAUGGCGAUGGAUUUUAAUACACACUGAAAUUCUGACUUUCUGAAUUUAAAUUGCAGAAUAAAUGUUGCCAACCUGGAAUGCUCGUUUGGGUGUUUUCAGUAGGUAGCGUGAAACUCAAAAUUAUAUUUGUUGUGCUUAAAGCUAAGCAUUUGAACUGAGCCUGAUAAUAAACCCUAUUGUUUCAUCAUUAUUAUGCCUGAGAGGGAAUAUAUCCAGUACAGUAAUUUCCUCAUUCCAGAUAUGUUUUGGAGAGCUGAACAUGGCUGAGUUCAGCUAUCCUCUUGGCAGACUUUUCCUAUCAAAAAAGUAGUAUUUACCAGUUUAGAGAGCCCAUGUUGUAGACUAGUAAAAAAAAAAAAAAAAAAAGAUUUCAUACAAGUAACUGUAAAUCUGUUCUUCAUGAUUAGGUAAGAUAAUAUGAGGGGCCUCAGGCCCCUGGAAAGAAAAGCAGACUCUUCCUUAAAGGAUAUUACUACUGAGUGCUGGGUAGAGUUAGGAUGUGAUCUGGGGGGCAAAGAGAAACUGAACACAUUCUGUCAAAAUAAGCAUGGUACCAAUAUCUGUCAGUGUGGGCUAUAGCAAUCAGUCAUAGGGAAAGAGACAGCCAAGGUUUCGAGUUCCCAAAUCACUGGGAAUAAAAGAAAAUGUUCUGAAUUAUAAGUGGUUUUUAAAAAUUAGUUCCCAUCCCUUGCAAUCUGAGUUAAAAAGGAUAUAAGGCAAAAAUAUAAAGUAAAAAUGGGGUUUGUAAGGUAAAUCAAACUAAGAGCCUGCUAUUUGGGCAACUUAUAAAUUCUAGAAACAAGGUAGAACUGCUCAAAGUUAAGUCUCAUAAUAAUUGACAUAAAGACCAAGAAUCCCAGUUAAAAUAACUCUGAAUAUGCUCUGUCAUUAUGAAGUUUUCCUAAGAGUUUCAGCUUUAUUAUCUCUGAUUAAUAUGACCACUGUUCUUACAGUAUUAAAUGGUGGCAAUUAUGUAAAAGUUAAAACAGAUUAUUCUAUUUUUCCUGAAAGUUAUGUACCACGUUGACCUUAAUCUUCUUUAUAACAGUAAUAAUUGACAGAUUCUUAUUUAGAAUCUCUACACUCUAAGGCAGUAUAUUUUAAAUUGUGGGUCAUGAAGAAACUGGACCUUCUCCCCAGAAAAAUGCACAGAAACAUAAAAUUUUGCAUAGAACUUAAGAGGGUUCAAGGAUGCCCCCUUUUAAAAAGAAAAGGAAAAAAAAAAAAAACUUCUAAGAAAAAUCUGGAAAACAAACUAAAAUUGAAAUCUUACCCCAAAUAAGAUACUACUUUAAAACCACAAAUCCUGCUUCAUCUCACCCAAAAAAAAAAAAAAAAAAAUCUCCUUAAGGAUAUUCACAAACCCCAUCAAAAGCUAUUUUCCUUUAAAAAUAAAAAAUAAACUGUGGCAGCUUUCAGACUCAAAAUCAUUAAUCAUUAGUGUUUCCAGGAGGAAGAGCUUGGGUAAAGAGGUAAAAGUCUGUAAGUUAUUAAAUUUUGUAUUUUAUAGAAGAAGCCCUUCUCACAGAAAAGGUGAUGGGGAUCGAAGUUGUUUCCACUGCUAGGUGACAGCCUGAGAAUCUUUACAUUCCUCUGUGACGAUCCGCAUUUGUCAGUUUCAGUGUGGCUUCUAGGUGAUGCCCAUCCUCUGUAUUCACAAACCCUGGCCAAAUGUGAUACAACCUGAAAAACUAUUUGAAUAAAGGAAUAUUUUGAAAAGUGUGA